UCUUCUCUUCCCGCGUCUCCUCGCGCCUCUUCCCGCCAAUCGCCAACACAUUUUCCCCCACCUCACCUCGCUCAAUGCCCUCGUCAAUUCCAUUUCAUCCCCAAACUUCCUUCUGCUCUUGCUAGGGUUCCUUCCUUCAUUCCUUCAUCUCCCUCCCAUUCCGUCCCUCUCUUCCAGAUUACUAGCGAGCUCGAUCCUGCGGCAGGGGCAAGUCGAGCGAUGGCGCCGCUCUCGUGGCGCCACCACACGCUGCUGCAGGCGCUGCUCUCCCGCGGGCCCCUCUCGGAGCGCGACUUCCACGCCCUCUUCUCCGCCAUCUCCGGCGGCAAGAACCCCGCCACUCAUCGGCAGCUGUUCGAUGAUACACUCCUCAAGAUCAACAAGGAGCUCACGUACUUGCAGUUUGAGUUAAGAGCAGGCAUAAACCAGUAUGAUGGUACUGUGUAUUAUGGAGUGGUCAAUAACAUUGCUGAUGAAGAGUCAAAGCUUGGAUCAAAGUUUUCUGUGCCACAGAUUGCAUUCUACAAGGGAUUGUUGGAAGCAAUAGUUCAUGAAGCUGGAAAUGAUGGGAGCAUAACAAAUAUCGAUGCUCUUAACACACGGAUUGAGAACCAGGUUGUAAUUGCAGACGCUUCACAGGGCAGUCAAUCCCGUCUGCCUACUUCCAUUACCAACUUCUCAUUGUCCCAAAAGGAGAAAACUCUUAAUGAACUCAUACAGGAUCGUUGGCUGUCAUACACUCCCACAGGAAAGAUUGGUCUUGGCAUAAGAUCAUUUCUUGAUCUCCGAAGUUGGUUACGUAGUAAUGAUAUCCCAUCAUGUGAGGUCUGCAAUGAAGCUUGUAUAAAGGCAUCAUGUUGUCCUAAUGAGGAAUGCAAUGUAAGGAUUCAUGGGUACUGUUUGAAGAAGAAAUUUUCGCAGAGAAAGGCCUCGAGAGCUUGUGGUUGUGGUACUGAAUGGCCUCGGUUGGAGGGUGAAGAUGACGGUGCUGAGGAUGAGGAUGUUAACGAACCUGAGGAAGAUCAGGUCCCAUCAGCCAACCAGCAUUCGAGGACUAGACGCAGAGGUGUCAAAUCUGAACUGGUGGAAGAAAAUGAAAGAGCAGGCCCAUCAGCGAGGAUGACAAGGAGGGCUUUGAGAAGCUCUAAAGCUGAAGCAGUUGAGGCUGCUCAAGAGGUGCCAUCUGCAGCAGGACCUUCGCAGUCAACCAGGGCAUCUAAGAGAAGAAAGAACUGAUGAGAUUGAUCUGUGCUUGCUAGUGAGAUCUCCAGGUUCCUUUUGUCAUGUACAUACAGUAGCAGUAGCCAGUAGGUAAUCCUUUUGAAGUGGCAGGCAAAGUUGCAACUUCUAGUUGGAGAGGAAUAUAUAUAGCUUUCGGAUGCUCUUGUUACUAACUCUUAGAACGUAUUAGAAGCCUAAUGCUUUCAUUUGGCAAAGCAAGCCUGCUUGUGGCAGCACAGUUAAUUGUUUGAAUGGCUCUCUUGCUUGUUGAUGCUAGUUUCAUGCAUGCUGUUUUUUUC